CACAUGUGAUGAUUAUAAAGUUGGUCCCCAUCAAACAUGGAAACCAGUAUGUGUGUGUGUGUGUGUGUGUGUGUGUGCAGGUGCGUCUGCAGGUGGGCCUGUACGUGGUGUAUCUUCUGGACUGGAUGUCAGUGUUCAGCCGUGAUCAGCUCUUAGUUUUGCGUUUGGAGGAUCAUGCUUCAAACCCGGAGCUCAGCAUGAGCAGGAUCUUCCGCUUCCUGCGCUUAGGAGCGCUGUCUGAUCAGAGACAGAGACAGAUCAGCAAGCGUCCCGCGUCAAACACCAGACAUCCGUCCGACAGGGAUCUGGGCCCGAUGCGUCCCAUCACACGAGAGCUGCUCACGCUGUUUUACGCUCCGUUCAAUCAGAGACUGGCAGAGGUUCUGCAGGACGAGUCGUUCACGUGGGACGGUCGCUCUGAACACACCUGACAGCCGUGUGAUGUUCCUGGAUCUCACAGACACCAUGAAGUCUGUCCGACAGCAAAUGUGGAAGAAUCGGGCUUUUAUCUGUACUUUCAAAUGGAUAGUUCACCCAAAAAUUAUUUAUAAAAACACUAAAGAAGAUAUUGUGGAAAAAUUGGAAACUGAAUAACUUUGGACCCCAUUGACUUUCACUGUACGGAUGAAAACCACUGAGGCGUUUCUCAAAACAUCUCAUUUGUGCUCCAUAAAAUAAAGACACGAGGGUGAAUAAAUGAUGACAGAAUGAUUAUUUUUAGGUGAACAAUUCUUAAACCAGCAGCCUAUAGAUGAAAACUAAAGCACUAGAAAUCCAAAAAUCGCUUUAUAUCACUUUUACAGAAUUACAAAUGAUGCACUCACUUCAUUUUCCGUCAGAGAAAGAUCUGCACUGCGCAUGUGCGGAGUUUAUUCUCACGUUUCCUUCACUGACUGCUGAACACACAACAUUAACAAAAACAGCUGAUGCUAACGAAAAGAUCAAAUUAAAAAAAG